AUGAAGUUUCCAAUAUGAGAAGCGAGACCUUGCAAGGAUAGGUCCCAGUUUUAUAUAAUUGAGCGGAAGUUGUAUGUAUGCAAUACACAUAAGGUAGCUAAAUAUUUCACUGAUGAUUCUAUCCACCUAGUCCCUCAGGAUUCGGUCGAAUCUCUAUUAAAAGUGAUAGAUCAGUGCAGGAAGGAGUUACUAGUAUCUCCGAUAACCCAAGGAUAUCUUGGCUCUGAAGAAGAAUACAAUGGAUUUGACACCACUAUAAGAGAGGCAGUAGACCACAUCUCUUCUAGCCUAAGGGCUGUUGUUUUAAGCAAACAGUUCUUCAAGCUAGAGGCUUUGUUUAUAGAAGCCAAGCAACUUGAAGACUUCAUCAUGAACCAUGAAUUGUUCAUCAAACACUCGACAGCAAAGAGUUGGAAGGAGGCACUGGGUGUUGUAAAUGAAGUUGUUGAAAAGAGCUCUGCUCUUGUCACCAAAGAACUUCAUGAAGAGUACGCCAGUCUGUUUAAAAGAACUGCUGAUGAGCUCAGGAAACAAAGGACUCGUAUCCUUGAAGAAAAGUCAAGGCUAGAUAUAAAGCUAUCUGAAGAGAAAAAUAAGGUCAAAGAUCUAAAAGAAGAACUUAAAAAUCAGGAGAAAUCUCUUAAACAAGAUAUGAAGAUGCUAAAGGAUCAAUAUGAAGAAAAGAUAGAAGGUCUGAUCAACACCCAAUCACAGUUAGAACAAACCAAAUCAACGCUUAUCGAUGAAGCUGAACAAAAGGAUCAGCAAAUAUCUGAGCUUAAGGAAGAUAUCAAGAGUAAAUCCGAGGACUUGGAAAGAUCUCAUGAACGUAUCCAGAAUUUAGAACAAAAAGUUAAGACUAAAACCGAAAAGGAAAAGGAACUUAAAGAACAAAUUGAGAAUCUGAAAUCCAACUUUGAUGAAGAGAAAGAAAAACUCGAAGAGAACUAUGAAUCUGAGCUACGGCAACACAAAAGGCGUCACGACAUUAUGAUUGAAGAAUCUAAUGAAAAAAGCGAAAAGAAGCUCCAAGAACAACUAGCCGUUUUUAAUAAUAAAUAUAAAGAAAAGGAUGACGCAAUUCAUAAGCUAGAGGAGGAGGCGUCUAAACUCACUGAAGAUCUUGAUCAACAAAGAACUGAGCACCAGGCACUUAUAGCAACUCAUACGAAUCUUCAAAAGGAGAAACAAAGCAUUGUGGAAAAACAUUCUGAAGAUACUUCUAAACUCCAGCAAAACAAUGAAGCCCUUGAAGAAGAGAGUAAGGCAAAAGAUAUCAACAUUAUGGAGCUAAAGGAAGAAAUUGAAGAACUAACAAGGAAGCUUAAAGAUGCAUGUGAACACAAUGAGUCCAUCAAACAAAACCUCGUCUCUCUAAUUCAAACUUUCUCCAACCAAGAAGUCACCGACUUUUUAAAAGAUUGCGAAGUUUAUGAUGAAUAUAGCUCAGCCGAAGAAGAGAUACAGUUUGAUCAGAAGACUUGACUUUAUCUUGAUCUCAAUAAAGAAAACCAUCUGGAGUUCUUAACUAAAAUUACCAAAAGAAUUCCAGAUUGAGAAUACAUUAGUAUUGGUUCCAUCCCUGGAGAGAAUGAAGUUGUUAAGACUUUCCUCAGCCUUUAUUUCCCCAACAAGGUUAAACAGUUUUAUUUCAAUGAACGUUCAGCUUUAAGUAGUUGUCUAUCUUUCUAUAUGACCGAACUGGAAGCAUUGAGUUCGAAGGUUGAGGAAAAAUUUGGGAUUUGUAAUUUUGAGGUCAGCCAGAACCAGAUGAAAACACUCUUAGCCAAAUACAAACGCAAGAGCUGGUUUGGAUUUGUUGACUGCAAUCUAGCCUUGUCCUCUGUGCCUGACUUCGGAGGAGCUCUCCAAGGAAGUCAAUUGGAAAGAUUAGAUUUGACUGGAUGAGGGGCUAGUGCUCGUGGAGGUUGGAAGAACAACCCGUCCCACUUUGAAAACUUAAUCGAGGGUUUGGCCAAGGAACAGGAUUUUAAGAACAAUUUGAAAAUGAUUUGGAUGGGAGGCUGAGGAAUGGAGAAGAGUCAGGUUGAAGAGAUUCUGAAGAAAUACGAGUUUGGAGAGGUUCAAAUUUGGAUGUAA